GAAAGAAGAGACUAAUCCUUUAUAAAAUAUUUCUUCUCUCGCUGGUUCAGGAUGGCUGAACCUCGCUUUAAUAAUGCCUAUUUCUGGCCUCCACCUCCUGCGAUGCCUGGCCAGCUGGAUAACCUAGUCUUGAUCAAUAAAAUCAAGGAGCAGCUGAUGGCCGAGAAGAUCAGACCGCCGCAUCUGCCCACCACCUCAGCCCCUUCCCAACAGCCCUUACUGGCUCCCCCGAGUCAGGUAGAAAGUGGCCUGCACGGGAUGUCCAAAGCCCAGCAGAUGCAAGUUCUCCACAGCCACAGCUCAUCUCAGCCUGAUAUCGCCCUGCACGCCCGCCCCGCCUCCAGCUCCGUCACAGGUCGUAUUCUGGGGGACGUAAACUUGAAUCUGGAUGAUAAGGCAGCUAUAAAAGCCAGAGGAUUAUGGGAAGACUGGCAUUUGCGUCAACUCAUAGAUCAUCCCUCCAGGACAAACCACGUCUCAGGUGUGGCGCUGGCAUCCAGAACAGGCAACCUCAACACCUCAGAGAUCAUCACUCCCACCACGCCCACCUCGAGCAACCACAGUCGGCUGGGCGGAGCUCCCACCCCUCACAUCAUCUCAGGGUUAGCCGGCGGCCACGGGAUGGAGCCUGGGAAGAACAGCGGGGGUUUUGUGGGACUCCUUGGGCCUCCUCCAAAGGAUGAACGAGGCCGUAAGAAGAUCAAAGCAGAGAAUGGGUCUUCAUUGUUAGUGGUGCCCUACCCGAUCCUAGCCUCAGGCAAUGACCAGUCCUGUGUUACCAUCACUGCCAAAGAGGGAAAAACCUACAGGUGUAAAGUGUGUCCGCUGACUUUCUUCUCCAAGUCAGACAUGCAGAUUCACUCUAAAACGCACACAGAGGCGAAGGCUCACAAGUGUCCUCACUGCACUAAGACCUUUGCGAACGCAUCCUACCUGGCCCAGCACCUGCGCAUACACCUGGGCGUCAAACCUUACCGCUGUUCCUACUGUGAGAAAUCUUUUCGCCAGCUGUCCCACCUGCAGCAGCACACCAGAAUCCACACAGGUGACCGGCCGUAUAAAUGCUCGCAUCCAGGAUGUGAAAAAGCUUUUACACAGCUAUCUAAUCUGCAGUCUCACCAGAGGCAGCACAACAAAGACAAACCCUUCAAAUGUUCCAACUGUUACCGUGCCUAUUCAGACUCCGCCUCGCUGCAGAUCCACCUGUCUGCACACGCCAUCAAAAAUGCCAAGGCCUACUGCUGCAGCAUGUGCGGCAGGGCCUACACCUCAGAAACAUACCUUAUGAAGCACCUGGCUAAGCACACAGUGGUGGAACAUGUGGUAUCCCAUCACUCCCCUCAUCACAGGACAGAGUCACCCACCCUCCCUAUACGGAUCUCCCUCAUCUGAGCUCCUCACCCGUCUCCUUCCCCUCCCGUCACAGACAUUUCCUGUGAUAUUUCAGCGUCCCUCUGAUGGACUUUGAACCCAUAAGUGGGUUCCAAAAAUGUGCCAGAUUGUUCUCGUAUCUUGUGAAGAGGUGCUCUUUUGAUGAGAAUAUCCUCCUUUCCUUUCUUGCUGACCAGAUAGUAUUAUCGGGGACAUCCAAAGAUGAUUUCUCAGCACUUUCAGGCCCGGAAAUGACAGGCCUAAAAUUUCUUUUUCUAUGUGACAGAAAAAAGGUAUUGCUCUAGGCAGCUACAUGGAGAAUCUUUUUAAACUUUCUGCGUUAUAACAGAUUACUUUGUCUUUUUUAUAUGGUCCUUUACUUUCUUUAAUGAAGUCUUUGCAAAAAAAUAUAUAUAUUUAGAUCAGAAAUAGUCUUCCGUUAGCCGGGUGGCCAACUGAACAUAAAGGUGAAUGCUUAUAUGAUGUGUAUUCAUGUAUAUUGUGCCACUUCUUAUGUCAGUGUUUGCAAUGUUUCACCAACCAUGUGGCCAUAAUGCACACAUAAAUAAUUCACACAUAAAUGCACACAUCAAUGUGUUAACCUCUUUAAUUUCCACCCUGCUGCCAACAUCACCUUGACCAGGAUGUGUGACACAUGUGGAUGGGUUUUUUUUUUUAAAAAUUACAGAUAUAUUCUGCAGCAUUAUAAAAAUAUGCUCAAGGCAAACACAAGUAUUCAGUUUCAUCUGGUCAAUAUGGUCAAAUAUAUAACAAUUGGUCGAAUAUGUAACAAUUUAUAUGCCAAAUUCAUCACAAUGAAUGAUGCACUUAUGGUACAUUUUUGUCUACUUUGUAUUUCAUUGGGUGCGCAAAUAAAUAAAUGUAGUCAUAAUGUGACUGAAACGUUACACCACCACUCUGCUGCUGCCACACAGACAUAUGUGUUUGUUUUUUCCUGAAAAACAUUAAUAAUGAGGUUCCUCUGUUGGUUUUUCAGAUAUAAUGUGUAAUUGAAGCAUCAAUUUGAUUUGAAUAUUCAUUUUUCUAUUGUUUCAUGAAUGAACACUUUUCCAUUUUGUAUGCAUUUAAGCCUUAACUUUGUUACAACUCUAGGAUCCACUUAGUUGUUUUUAUCACUUUACAUUUUCCUUUUAUGUCAUAGCAUGAUAUACACUGUAAAUAAACUAUAAUAA